UAUCAGGGGACUGACACAGUAUGAAAUGAUCCCCAGCUCCAUGAGAAAGCACUUUUCGUUUUGACAGUCAUGUUAUUGUUUACUUUUUGACCAACUGUCAGCAACCGGCAAUUUUGUGCUUUAAUAGUCUUUUUCCUGCUUUAUUUAUUACUUUUUAUGUGAAAAGGCCUAGAUAGUAUCCGUUCCAAUUCCAAGGUAUUUUUCGUUUUAAGUGUUGAUUGCUAGCUACCGGUAAGCUAGAAACUCUCAGGUAACUUGUAUCCAAAGUUAGGUUUUUUUAAAGUAUAAUACCUUCGUGUCACCAUGGACCAAACCGAAUCAUACCCAGUGAAGUUGUACAUUUACGACAUGUCCAGAGGAAUGGCCCGGCAGCUCAGUCCUCUCAUGCUGGGGAGACAGCUUGAUGGGAUAUGGCACACUGCUAUUGUGGUCCAUGGAAAGGAGUUCUUCUUUGUGGGGGAGGGCAUCAACAAUUGUCCACCUGGAAGCACCCCUUUGGGUCAGCCCGACUCCGUCGUUGACCUGGGCUCCACUGAGGUGUCUGCAGAGUUAUUUAUGGUCUACCUGAUGUCCCUGGCAGACUCCACAUAUGGACGUGACAAAUACAACCUGUUUGAGCACAACUGCAACACUUUCAGCAACGAGGUGGCUCAGUUCCUCACGGGAAAAAAGAUCCCGUCGUAUAUCACAGACCUGCCUUCUGAAGUCCUGUCCACGCCUUUUGGCCAGGCUCUCCGUCCCUUACUGGAUUCCAUGGUCAUAAAUCCUGGAGGCAGCAACAUCACGGGGCAGCGGUAGAAAACUUUAAAAGAAAAGUAGUUUCAUUUAAGGUUUCAGGGGGAAUUGGACACUGUCAGACAACAGCUCCACCUUGUGACUCAUCCGUCAGUUUUCCUGUUAAACAGCCAUCAUUUAGACAGUCUUCUCUGUUUAGUUUCUUCCUUUUCUACACAUCCAACGUUUUAGAGACUAUACAAGAGCAGAUUUCUUGAUAAAUAUCUGACUAUGUAUAAGCCACACAGCUUUUCAUACACUUCUUGUUCAAUGAGAAUAAAAUUAAAUCUGAAUCUAAGGUUAUAGGAGCUGCAGUUCAACUCCCAAAUUUAGAGAAAGAAAUCUUGCACUCUCUCCAAAAUGUAUGGGAGUUUUAUGGGAACAGCCAAAAUAUUUUUAAAAGGGUUAAAUAUUAUGAAUACUUAUUAUAUACGUCUAGAUUUGACCUUAACCAGCACUUAACCAGAUCCAUUACCACAGCUUCCCUUCAAACAAUAUAUAUUUUAUCAUCAUGGAUGCAGUUUAUUACAGUUAACCACUAUAUGUUAUAUAUAUUUUGUCAACAUUGUGCUUCAUUCUAUUUGGAAAUGUCUUCAACACAAUCACGGUGUGGUAUUAAAUGAGUCUCUUUUAAUAUCAGACUCCACAUAAAGAAAGUUGUAAUUUUCAGAUUUUAUUUCCCAAUACAGGACCAAUCACUUACACCUUCCAAUUCAAGCUUUACUUGAAAAACUGUGUUAGAUUUAUAAAGACAUAUUGUGCGUGUAAUGUUACAUAUCCAGCAUUUGUGCACUGACAGCAUAACCUUUGAUGUCUUUAAUCUUAUUUCAGGACUCUUUCCUUGACAUUAGGAAUUUUUACAUUGACUAUAUUUAUUUUUAGCAUUGUUUAACCUUAAGUUUAUACUUCUUAAAGUGUGUCUGCAAAGUAUUACAUCUGCUUUAUAUUUUGUACAUGCUCUGAAAUGCUAAUGUUCAUCAAUUGGACUGUAAAAGGUCUUAUUUGUAUUAAAAAUUGUAAUCUGGA